AUGGGCCCCUCGGGGGAGCCAGGUGGAGGGACAGCAGAAGUCGCCCACAUCUUCCUCCAUUUCCAGGUCGAGCGGCGCACUCACUGGCCCGGGGAAGCCUGCCGAUCCCACGAGGGCGAGCCCUCCGCCACGGCGGGCACGGGCCUCUCCUGGAAGUCAGGUGGAGGGACAGCAGAAGACGCCAACACCUCCAUCGAUUACCAGACCAUCUUCCCUAUCGAGUCCAGCUGGGCGGCAGCCGACGGGGGCGAGGAGCUCGAGGGAUCAAUAUCGUUUCUUUUCACCAACACCACCUCGUGGGGUCAGCAGACUUGGGAUCACCUGAACCAGGAUGGCGGAGGCUUUUCAUCUUCGGAUACUGUCAUGAUAGCCGAGCACCACCUGCAGGGGCCCCAUCACGUCCAGGCGAUCAAGAGGCUGAAUCGUUGUGGUUGGUCAGCUACCUCCCAGGGUGCCGCAGGGACAGCCCGCGGAGGUUUUCAUGGUGGGGCAUGGCUCAUGACCAGGAACUGGCUUCAGCACUCCCCGCUCUACCCCGAGGUGGAGCGUGCCGUUCAGGAUGAGAGGCCAACCAGUAUGGAGACCCAGUGGACCAGCCAGACAGUCCGCAUGAGGGACAUAGACGUGGUCUUCGUCACGCUACAUCUAGUCACAGGGCUUGGCCUUCAGGGAGAACAAGCCAUCAUCCUGGGUGAAGUUGCUGGUUCCAUCCGCUCCCAGGGCAAGCCCAGCAUCAUCGCAGGUGACCGGGACAUGGAGAUCGAUGAGGUAGCUGAGAGCGGCAUCCACACCUGCUUGCAUGGAGUCUUUAGAGCGGCUCCUGAAGAGGCCCCUGGUGGAGCCGGGACCAUCGGUUGCUGUUUGUGUUCGGAGGCACUCAGCUACGCGCUGGCGCGUCAGUGGGACCCGAGUGCGUUGACCUGUGACAUAGGGCAAGCCUAUAUGAGUUGUUGGUUGGCGGCUGAGCCCUUUAACACGAACAAGGACAUUGCCAACGGCCUUGAUACUUUGGACAUGCGUCGUUAUUGGAGCAAGUCUCGUAAAUUCAGGCAGUGGAGCAAGUGCAGCAGCAAGUUCGGCUAG